UUUAACCAUUCCCUAUCAACCAACUUGAGUGAACUUCAACCCUCUGGAUACACUGUACUACAGAGGAGUGACAGCAGUUUAAAUGUUUCUUAUUUUAGUUAGAUGACAUUUAACUAUAUAGGAUCUGUUGAUAUGACGGCCUGUGGAUAAAUGAGCAAAACCUUCACAGCAUUUGGAGAAGAUGACACAAAACAUGUUUCAGGAGGGGCUGUACCAGGUGUUUUUUAAGGAUACACCCUCAACACCCCCACAGACCCAGGUUGCCAAUCAUGUGGAGCUGAACAAUGCACGGAUUCAUCGUUGGUUCGGAACUGUGGUUAACACCAGGCUUUUAGUCACCGGGGUGGUUCAAGUUCUCAGUGCUUUUGCUUGCAUACUAACCACAGUCACCUAUGCGUGUGUGGGCUACAACUGCUCUGUCUCCAUGACAACACCGGUGUGGUCAAGCCUAUUUUAUAUGGCUGCUGGGUGCCUGGCAAUGGAGGUUCAGAGGAAAACUAAUAAAUUAAAGAUAAUCACCCUGAUGAGUCUGAACAUCUUUAGUCUACUAUUUGGAUUCUCUGCUCUCCUGGCCAACAGUCUCAUGUUGACACAGCCUGCUGCACUCAGCACAAACCAACAGCGUGCUGGCUCAUAUGUUGCAAAGGGGAGCUCCAUAGCGUUUUCCGUACUGUGUUUUCUGGCGUCAAUCUACAUACUUUUCCUGUCCUGUAGAGGCCUGCGCCGCUACGGUGCUCCCCACAUUCAGACCUACAGUCGCAUCUCACAGGAUCCAGAUGAAACCAAUGGACCUCUGUUGGAACAAGUGGAAUUUAGUCUAUAACACUCUAAAAUAUCUUUAGAUUUACUGUACAUGGGUGUGUCAGUUUUUCUAAAAAAAUCCACUUGCUCACUGGGACAGGUACAUUCAAAGUUGCUGUAGACACACUCCUGCUUGCACAGCUUUUGUAAACUUAGUUACUGUUGUUGACCAGGAACUCUAUGAACUGUGCACUCCUGAUUCAAGAAUGUUCAAGAUGUGAUGAAAUUAUAUCAUGCUGUCCAACUGAUGACCCAGUAUCACUUCCCCUUUGGAUUCUUAGAAACUUGAAAUUUACUGACCCGGACACUGAAGAUGUGCAUCAACCAGUUCAAACCAUACAAAAAUAAACCACAUCUUGAAUAUAUAAAGGUGUACAUACAGAACCACAGUGACUUAUAAAACUGCAAUCUGCUAAUAAAGUUUACAUUGCCAAA